GAAAUGAUCAUUAGAAUAGGCAAAAGUUGAAAGAGUAUAGAAGCCGAUCUUAUUUGGAUAAUAUUGCCAAUAAUUCAAUGUUAUGUGUAAAUUAAGUAUCCAAGAAGAAGCGUUAAAAGAAAAUUAUAUAAAGAAAAUAUCCAAUCGAAUCAUGAUUCUAGCAGUUAUGAAGAAAUAAAAUAAAAUUAAUAUUUGUUUAUAAUGAUUACUACACCUGAUAUAAAUGACUCUACAUUUCAUGAACUCUAGAAUGAAAUAUAAAUUCUAAAAUCUGAGAAGGAAGAAUUCAAGCAAGUUUUGUUAAAAUUAUGGACACAGAUCUCAAAAUCAUUUAAUGAUGAUUUUGAAGAGAUUUUAAAAUUAGGGAUUAAUUCAGAUAUUGAAGAUAUUAUUAAUGCAAUUUUUAUUGUUGAAGAAGCAAGAUAAGAAUAAAUAAAUGUAUUUAUUUAAUAAUUGAAUCUUAGAAUGAUAGGAAAUAGAUUAUUGAUUUAACUGAAUAAUUGAAAUCAAAUUAGAAAACUACAGAUUCAGGAAAUGAAGGAUUAAAAGAAGCAGAAAAAUAAUAUAAAGAAAUUAGUGAAUUAGUUUUAUAAUUUAAAAAAAAGAAUGAAGACAAAGAUUUAUAAAUUUCUGCUUUGAAUGUAGUAAUUAAUAAACUUAAUCUUGAAAUUACAUAAAUGGCAUCUAAAUUAAAUGAUUUAUCAAGUGCAUUAAUCUUAGCAAAGGAGGAUAAAAUUAAAUAUAUGGAAUAAACUUAAAAUUAGAUAAAGCAUUUAAUGGAAAAAGAUUUAUAAUCAAGUAGACAGAUUUAAAUGUUGUAAAUACAAAAAAUUGAGCUAGAAAAUAGUUUAAAAAAGAAUAGUUAAAGAAAUAUAAAUGAAUAAACUUUUAAUCUGAAUUGUUAAAUUUCAAGAGAAGAAGACUAAGCUAGAAUACUGAGUUGUUCUCCAAGUAUAUUUUUAUUCAUAUUAAGGAACUACACAUAUAGAUUUUUCAAAAAUUGUGCAAUUAAGCUUAUAAAAUAAGAAAGCUGAAAUGGUGUCAGGAUCAUCGCUUUCUUAAAUUCCCUACAGAUUUGGUAAAUGAUAAACGUUAACA